GUGCACCUCCGCAAUAUGGCGGAAGUAGCGUCACUCCUCUUAUCUUGAAAGGGUAUUUUUUCAAUCGCGCUCAAAUGUCAAAACAAACAAUUGAUAAUAAUGCAUUUUACUGAAUUUUAACAUCGUGGAUCGUUGACACUUUAAGAGAACAAAUGUUUCCAUAAAGUAAUCACAUCUAAAUUUGUGAAAUAUCAUAAUUAACGAUUACGAUUAAUUGUGCAUGGAGAUUUCAGUAUUAGCAUAACAGACUUGUAUCGAAAGUCAGUGAAACAUUGAAAAAUGGGAAACUUCAUCAAAACUCUGAAAAUAUUUCAGCAAGCGUUUAUUGUAUUAAUCGUUGUACACAUUUUACUAACUGAACCAACAGUUUCAAGACCAGACGAUGAUAAUCAAUCUUUGUGUGAAGAGUUCACAAGGAACAAGGAAAUAAAAAGACGUAUAGAAACCGGACAGAGACAUGCCCCUCCAUGCGCAUGCGCCGAACAACAAAUGGCGUUGGACAGUUCUUUCAAAAAAAUGGAUAGAUGUUAUGUACAAUGGUUCUUUGAAAAUGGCGUCAAACAAAUAUGCUGCUACAAUGAAAUUGGUGCAUUGCAAUUAGGAAGCCCAGACGGAGGAUACCUGUUGUUAGAAGAUGUUAACAUGUUGUAUAUUAAAGAAAGCUGCUGUAGUCAUAGAGAAACAUGUCACGUGUUCUAUGAAAUAAACCAAUCAAACAACUGCAGCUCAUAUAGUCCUCUUGAAACAGUAACAUCCUGGGGAGAUCCAAGGAUACAGACAAUUGAUGGUGCAGAGUAUGACUUCAACGGGCAUGGUGAAUACGUGUUUCUAAAAACAAGUGAUUUGGAGAUUCAGACCAGGACGGACUACACUUCUCACACUAACCAUGAUGCUACUGAAUUCUCGGCAUUUGCCCUCUUUGACAAGCAGUCAGGCGAGCAAAUUGAAUUCCAUCACAAUAAGACUGCAGGAGAUAUUAUUAUUUACCGGAACGGAACUAAAUCUUGUAAUGCAAAACGAGAUGGAACAAAGCCUUGUGUUAACCCUCCUCUUAAAUACAAUUGUAAUAUAGUCGCUGGGUCUGGGAAAGUAUUAGUUUUAGGAUGCGGCGUUGGGGACAUCGCACAAAAUGCAAGUCUUUCAAUAUUUUUAAAGAUAGAUUUGUUUGUAUUUUCAAUUUUAGUUCUAUAUAUGAGUUCUUCUGUAAUCUUAGGAUCUGGUGUGAUAGGAUAUGCCCAUUUAUAUAUAGAAAUAGUGGAAGUACUUUUUGUUUCAGGAAUAAAAGCAUGUAGGACCCAAUCAUGUAAUAUGCCACCAUUUAAAUACAUGCCUUUUUAG